AAAUAUGCAUGAUUGACAGUGGUCAACUUGGGCAGUUUAUAUGGGAUUUGGAAGUAUAAGCUGAAAAAUGAAGGACUAAACUACUUGUAUUCUAGUCCUUAUAAUAAAGUUUACUGUCAAAUCUUACCUAUUAUCAAGCAGCCAGCAAGAUGUAUGUGUGUUUGCCUAACUACAGAAAUUAAUUUUACUCCACUGAACAAAACCUUACAUCUGAUACUAACGCAAAAGUGUGUGUUCAAAACCAAUGAUGGUAUAUGAUUCAGGUCAGUAUGUUUAACAUGGUAGAUAGCGAUCCUCCAACUGUUGAAGAUGUCUUGGAAAUUGAAAGUCUCUUAUACAAGCUACGUGAUCUCUUGACCAAUGAGCUUCCUGAUGAUCUGCUUGAUGAUUGCUCCUCUCUAUCAUCACAUGACUCAUCUGGAUUUGAAUCUCCGACAACCAAGAGCAGCAGACACCAAAUUUGGCAACAGUUUGGGUGGCAUCACCAUGUAAAACCUGAUCAGACAUCAACCCCCGUAGAAAGUGGGGCGCCCCUAACUCUGAAAACUCCAGCACCAACACGAGACAGAGAUUACCGGUUGCAACAGGCGGAAACACCUGAUCACUAUGAAGAGAGUGAUACAGAAUCUGGCGAUCUUAGUAGACAGAAUCAAAAUGGCUACCAUGACAAUCAUCACUAUGGUAACAACUACACCCACCACCAUGGACAACAUAAUGAAUAUGCAAAUGAGCCUCAUUUGAAUGGUGUGGACAGUAAUCAACCUGAGCUUCUCCAUCAGUUUCACUAUCGUCCAACACAAGAACACUUUGAGCACCAGCAGAUCAAAGAUGGUAUACAUGCAAAUAAAAAUAACAAUGGUAUGCGCCAUUCAGAAUGGAGCGGUGACAAUGGAAAAAAUGUAGAUACGUGGGUUAAAAAUGGGCAGUAUUACCAGACACAGAAUGAAGUAUCGGAUGGUUUUCCGAGGCAAGACGCUAAUACUUACACGAGCAUGCCACAACAUGUGCAAUAUCGACCGCAUCCAGAUGCAAAAGAUAAUUUUCAAGAGAAUUAUGGGUGUAAUGGACAAGACCAUUCUGAUAGCGGGGAGAUCAAAAGUCUAAAGGAAGAGGAGAUUAGGUUACAACAGUUUAUGCACCAAGGUGGAAGCAGUGACUCUCGUCAUCUAGGUCAACUGCAGAUCUUGUACAAGGCUAGAGGUAGGGAGUUGGAAGAACUGCGCCAACAAUUAAAACAAGUAACAGAAGAGGGUGCUAGGGAGACCAGAGUACUUAACCAUCAACUUGCACUUUCCGACGGUGAGAAAUCUGCUUUGACAUUGGAACUGGAACAGAACAAAGAACAUCUUAAACAAUGCAUCCAUGAUAGUAACAACUUAAAGAUGACAGUAAAAACCUAUGAACAGGAUAUACAGGAACUUCUGGGAAGCAAACAACAACUUACUAAUCAACUUGAAGAUUUAUCAGCCAAUAACGAAGCUCUAAACCAUCAACUCAUUCAACUGAAUCAAUCAGAGACAAUCUCCAGGUCACGUGACCAACAUGAUAUGCGAUUGGCUGAAUUGCAGAGACGCCAACAGGAAGCUGUAUUUGAAUUUGAAAGCAAGCUGGAUAAGUUGAAUGCAGAAUUACGUGAAAAGGAAAGUGAACUGUCAUCCCAAAGAGAUGAGAUAGCACAGCUCAGGAAAGAUCAUAACAGAGAAAAGGUUGAUAUGACAGAGACAGUGAGUGUACUCACCAGACAAUUGGAGGAGAGUCAACGGCAAUGCAGAGACUUGCUGGACACUGGAUCUGUGCAAGAGAUUGGUCAGCUGAAACUUCAGCUCCAGCACACCACAUCAUCUAAAUGCAUGGCAGAGAACAUGUGCCAGGCAUUGCAGGAUGAACUAGCUGACAUCAAAGAGGAACUAAGGAUGUAUGAGGCUGCAGCUUGUCUUGGGGUCGGACCUUCAAAAUCACCCAAUGGUCUAGUCAACACUGUUGAUUCGUAUAUUCAGCUUGGCGUGAGGAAUCUUGCCAAAGAAGACUGGAAGACACCAAAAGUAUUUCAAAAUGGUUCAUCUAAGGUGUUGGCAUCUGAUGACUUAGUCUCUGGUCUUAAAACUGAGCUUGAAAGGUCACUUAACAGUAAUAGGUCAAAGCGUGGUCAAGUGAUACAGUUACAAAAUGAACUGAAAACUGUCAACGAAGAUUUGGCAAAAAUUAAAACAAAAAUGGCUGAAAUGGAAAAUGAACUGAAAGAUAAAGAGGUAAAGUUGCGGGUCUUUGAAUCUCAGGAUAAAUCUAGUGUCCAAGAGGGAAACCGUGGCCAAACUGAGGGUCUGCGUUCUGAGCUCAUUUACAGCAAAGAGCAUUCGGCUCAACUCCAAGUAGAAAACAAGGAGCUGAAGAUGUCUUUGAAGGAACUGCAGGAGAAGGAGGAAGCAUUGUCACAGAAGAAUCUUGAACUGAAGAACCAGAUGUCAGAAAUGAUAGCCCAGCAUGACGAGGAUAGCAAGGUGGCAGUUGAGAGGACUCGUGCUACUGUUCUGCAGCUUCAUGAGGACUCUUCCAAAAACCUGCGCCAAGAAAUGAUUCGAGAAUGGGAGGAGGAGAAAGCAACUCUAGAAGAAGCUUAUGAACACCGGCUUCAGCAACUUAAGGAAGAGAAUGGUAGGAUCUUGAAAGAACUUGAUGAGGUCAAAGGUCUAUAUGUCAAAGUUUGCGAAGAGAAGAAUGAAAUUGAGGACACUGUAAGAACCAAUAUGACAGAUAACGCUCACAAGCAGUUGACAAAGGCAAUUGAAGUACUUGAGAAACAACAUGAAGAGAAAUUAGCAAACUUGAAAAAUUCUCUGGAAACCCAGCAACGAGUUGCCUUGACAACUGCAAGGAAAAAGAUCAUGGAGGAAAAAGAGGAAGAAAUUGAAAAAUUAGUGGAAGAAAAGGUGUCUAUUGCAAAGGCUGAAUGGAUGAUAACGGCCCAGAAGCAGGCUAGGGAGACUGCAACCAAGGCUGUUGAAGCUGAGUGGGAGGCUAGGCUUAAUGCGGAGGUCAUCAGAAGACUUGAUGAUAAAGUCAAUCAAGUUAAAGAAAACUUAAUGGAAGAGUAUCAACAGAAGCUGUCCAAUGAAAGAGAUUCACUAAAGGCGACUCAUUCUGCUGAACAAGACAUGGCAGUAACAACUGCAUUGUCUAGAGCAAAGUUAGAAUGGCAAUCAGAACAAGAAACCACACUGAAGGAACUUGUAACAGAAUCCUUGCAGAGGGAACGUGAAAACAGCUUAGAACCAGAAAUUCAAAAACGAAUUGAUACUGCAGUACUGGCUGCAAAAGAACAAUGGAGUAAACAAGAGACCAACAACCAUUCUUAUGAUUCGGUGGACAGCUCUAAGUGGCUGUCACAACUGCAGUCAUCCUGGAAAAAAGAAAUGGAAUCUCUGGAGAAGCAGAAAGACGAAGAGAAGCAGGAUGCGCUUGAGGAAUUAAGGAAACACAAUGAGAGCCUUAAGAUGACUUUAGAGCAACAGAAAAGUGUCCUCAGUGAGGCUCUUAAAUCAGCUAGAGAUGCAUUUGAAAAAGAAAAGACCAAGAUACUGAAGCAGAAAGACCUCGAGCACAGCAUUGCUGAAGCAAAAUUUAAAACCAAAAUCUUAGAAGAAUGGAGUGCAAAUAAAAGAGAGGCUAUCCAAGAGAAAGUUUUAGAAGAGCAAAUAAAGUGGCAGAAGGAAAAGCAAGAAUUGGAAGAGAAUUUCACAGAACAAGUAAAUGCUAUUGAGAAAGAUAAAGAAAGAGUAAUGGCAAAACAGGAUGAAUUGAUAGAAGAAGCAGUAUCUAAAGCUAAGAAAGGAUGGCAUGAGAAGUAUAAUGAUGAAUCAAGGAAAGCUGACCAAGCUCUGGAAACUUGGGAAGAGGAGAAACACAACUUUCUUACAAAACUAGAGGAGCUUGAAGAAAAGAAACAAAAUCUUGAAGAGAAGGUAGACAGUUAUAAAAGAAAGUUCACACGAGAGCACAACCGGUUAGUUGAGAAAUCGCUGAUGGAGAGACAACGUCUGCAGCGAAAACUGAAAUUGACUGAGAAAGAAUUAGAACAGACAGAGUAUACCUUGAAAAAGGAACUUGAACACCUGAAAGAUCAGUUGAAGAAUGAGGGAUCAGUUGCCAUGGAGACGAUGCAAGCUAAGAUGGCUGAACUACAAAGAAGACAUACUGUUGCUAUGGAAACACUUGAGAAGAAGCAUGCUCAGGAUCGUAAACGAUGGUGUUUGGAGCAAGUUAAGGUCGCUGAUAGCUAUGUCCAGACUCCAACUAACAAUACAUCCCAUGAUGCAACAGAUGGGCUCCAAGAACUCAGGGCACAUUACUUGGCAACAGUAAACAAAAUAAAAGAUGAUGUUCUUGUGCACGUGGAGAAGACGAGGGAACAUUGCCGCGAAACGGUUCGUAAGGAAGUGAUCAAAGAACGACAUGCAACUGCUAAGAAGCUUCGCAAGUACUACUUGCAGUGCUUGCAACAACUGCUUGAUGAGGACAGACAGGGUGCAAGAAAUGGUACAGGAACCAUGCUGAGCACAGCAAAUAAACUGGCGGCCAUGGCAAGUGCACUGGAAUUGUCACCCGAGCGAACAAGUGGUUCAAAUUUAAAUAUCACGGAAGGAGUCACGUUAAGAAGCGUGGACGAGUCAAAGGUAAAGAACGCUAAAUGUGAACAGAAUGCAGAGGUGGUGUCACUUUCAGAAAAGCAGCCACCAAAGAUGGAUUUAAUGAAACACUGGAGCAGUGAGUCUAGUUUAUGCAACUUUUUGGAUACAGAUAGCGAGUCUAACUAUCGAAGAUCUGAUCCAACAGACUCAAGAGGGAGCAUUAAAAACAACUGGCAAGAAGAAAAACUUGGGAGUAGUUUGGAAUCCUUAUCAAUGUCCCCCAGAGAAUUCAAUCCCAUGCCCGAGAAACCUAUGUCAGUCUCACCACAAAGAGCCAUAUCAUCUGAAACUUUUAAGCCUUAUACUUCGAGGAAUGCCCAUCAUACAGACAACAGUAAGUCAGUUGGAAAUAUAACUGUUCGUGCAAGACAACCAAUUUAUAAGCAAGGUCAUAGUUCAGACAUAAAAUCAAAUGUUAUUGAUAAUGAACGUGUUACCAUACAAUCAAAAAAUUGUGAUAAUCAACAUAUAAGUCCCAUUAAUGCAUCACAGCCAUCAAGAUAUGCUAAUAAUGUGAGUACAAGGAAUCCUGUCCACAUUCCAGAUCAAUCUGAUCGAACAAAGAUUCUGUUAGAAAGCAUGAAGCAAGCGGGAAAAACAACUCAAAUGAAAUUCACACGUCAAAUACAGGUACCGAUGAAUCUCUCAAACCUGUCAGUAACAACUGAAUACAACGACCUUCCUGAAAGCUUGGACUCGUCCUUCUCCUCGAAGGAAAAAAGAGGAAGUGGUCGAGACAAUCCAAAUUUCCCAGUCAGCAUUAGGUCAUUAAACAAAUGAAUUUAAAUGUAGGAGUAUGCAAAUUCUCAUUCAAAAUGGACACUGUCGCCCUUUUUCCUUUUGCAUAUUUUAAUCAAAUGUCUAAAAAUAUGGAUGCUUUCCCAUGGAUACCAAUACAAGUUUGCUAUUGAUGACAAUACAAGGUUGCCAUGGAUGCCAAUACAGUACAAUGUUUUAGUAAAAUUUCUUUACUUCAAUCAGUAAUCUAUAUAAUAAAUGCCAGUAUACAAUUCAGGAAUUUCCAUUUUAACUAGUGUUUUGUUCAUUUUUUACUUCCUAUUUUUCUCUACGGACAGACGAGAAUUUUAUAUACAAAUCUAGCUGUUUUUAAUAUGAAUUUUUAAUCCAAGUGAUUCUGUGAUAUUUAACUGUUUUCAUGUUAUAUAAUGUUAAAUAUAAAUAUGUAUAUGAUGUAAUUUAUAGUGUAUAGAAUUUAUAUGAAUUUAUGCUAGAUAUUUUAUACCAAUUGUUGUGAAAUAAAUUGAUAUUCAAAAAUGAA